AGAGAGAACUACCUCUGUCGCCGAAGAGUACAAGGAAGCUGAACGCGCAGAGAAAGGUACAGCCGCUGACAACGAGGAUAUACCAGCUCUGCAGCUUGACCCACAAAAGCAGAACCGGCUGCCUCCCAAGAAAAAGCACUACAAGCUCGCGCAGCAAGCAGCGCUACCACCUGUGAGAACCGUGGGCGAGAUGGCCGGCCGUGGGCGUGGGAGACCAGGAGGCGGUGGCCUGAAAGGAGUAACUUGGGAGUACGACCCGUCAAUCAAGCUUGAGUCGAAGCCAAUUGAGCUGUUCCCUCCUCAUCCAAACCUCAAGCGACCCGCGCCCUUCACCGACAAAGAGAAGAGGGAAAUCGGCCACUAUAAGCGUCUGCAGUCCCAAGUCCACCGAGGGCCUCUUUAUACCCAACCCACGAAGCGUGAUGCGACUGCACCAGCAAAGACCUUCGGCGAGGAUCAGUUCAAUCGGCAAUACAGCACCAAUCCCAAGGCUGACUUCGAUCCCUUCACCGGUGUUGAGACAUACUCGCAGAGAUUGCAGCCGAAGGUCAAUGAGAUUCCUAAGCUCUCUGGUCGUCCAUUCAACAAGGAACUCUUCCCCAAGGAACUCUGGCCGGCACUCGAAGGCGAAGCAGGCAAGGACGUCCGAAAACACCUCGUUCGCGCCAACGAGAAGAAAGCAGCUAUGAUGGCCGGGAUGAAAGACAAGAAGCCAAAUGACAAGCAUGCUAGAGUGCUCGAGAAGCUGUUUUCUGUUCCCGCAGACGAGGAUGCGGAGGAAGCCGACGAGGAGCAGGAGCAAGAUGCCGAAGUCGACUCCAACUUCGACGACGAGUCUAUGGGCGGGGAUUACGAUGCUGAGCAGUACUUCGAUAAUGGCGAGGACAACAGCGAGGGCGAAGGAGGGGGUGGAGACGAUAAUUAUGAUUGAGGAUAUACAGCACUGUAUUGCCAAAAGUUUAUACGGACUAUUGCUGGCGUACAAAUGGUUGGAUUCGUGUGGGAUUUGUGAUUUGAGUCGGAUUAGCGUGGCGUUGGCGGAGACACCAGGUGCAGAAAGCUGUAUUUAAUUUGGCCGAGUCCUUCCAGGCAGGUUCGCAUCACACCUAGCAGGUGUUCGUUUGUUAUCAAGCCGGAGGCGAGAGCAUUUAAGUCAGUCAGGUGUCCAUGUGGCUGUUUUACUCAUCGAGGCUAGGUUGUAUAACCCUAAUGAAUUACCUGG